AUGACAAAGUCGAACGAAGAGACCUUGUGCGAGGAUGUCAAAAUUCCUCACGGCACCGAAGACAUGUCCACGUAUAGCAAAGUCUUGUGCAUGUAUACAAGAGACCCAGUCUCAAACAAUCUUUACGCCAUACAAGAUAAGCAACAAGCUCAGUUCUCACAAAGAUGGAGUGACUUCGUUUCUCAGUUAAAUCAAGCGAAAUGCCGUGAAGUAGGCGAAGUUGGCGUGACAGAGCGCAUCAUCGAAGCACAGGUCGCUGAAAAAUUCACUAGCAUUGCUGGGGUUGCAAUCAAGGUGUCUGAACUUCAUCGCAGGGCGGAGAAACAAAUACGUGGCAUCAUUACCACCAUUGAAGAUGAAAAUGAGUUUAAUGAUUGGUUAAUAGCUCAUAUUCUAGAACAAACUCGGAUGGAAUUGGAUCAAAGUCCAUCGAUUGAAAGUACUGUGCCGUUCGCGGAGUUAUUUACCAAUUAUUUUGCUGAUAACUUGAAAAACACGACUCCGAAUGAUGAAUGGGAAAAGGGUGGUCGUGAACACUUUCAAGAAAGGGUCAAAUACUUCACCGAUAGAUAUUUGACCAUUGAAUGUAUUUUGCCAGCAUUUCCUUGCAAAUCCUCGAAUGUUGACAAAGUGCACGGUGCUGUUCCGGAUAAAGGUGAAGAACUGGCUUUGAGAAGAUUGAUUAUGGCAACUCAAGAAGUUCAAGGUUUCUAUCCCCCAGGCAUGAAAGUGUGGAUUGUAAGCGACGGCCAUGUUUUCAGCGACUGUAUUGGUGUAGAUGAUGACGUUGUCGACGCGUACACAGCAAAACUUCACGACCUGUAUCGGACAAUAGCGAGCCCCGCGACUGAUGCUAUUGGAUUUGUUGGCUUGACGGAGUUAUUUUUCACUGGUGAGACUAUGCUAGACUUUGACGAAGAUAUGGUCUGCGAUGUUGAUUUGCCUCACUAUACUGGGUCAAAAAUCUCUGAAAAUUCUGAACUAUCGAGAAAAAUUUUGAUGAAGGGGUUUGACACUGACGAUGGAAGAUUGAGACAGCAGAUAUUGAUGCCAGGCCACCCGCGAUUACACUUGUUCAGAGGUUUUUCGAAAUUCAUGAUGGACGACCUUUCUCAAUUGACACACUUCAAAACUUCCUCAAAAAAAUGCUUCAAGAAAGUCGUGUCCAAGGUGGCCUUUGAGAUGAUAAAACGUAACGAUUCCUACUCGAAUUUGGUGGAGCUGAUUUUCCCACGCCACAUGCGGUUUUCAAUUCAUGCGCAUACUAACGCUGGUCCCAAAUUUGGUGUAAAGAUCAUUUCCAGUAAACAAUGCAAAACUGUAAAGUCUUUAGAUGCUCAAGAUGAACCUUCUUUCGAAGAUCUGUUGCAUAUACCCACACCAUGGCACAACUGUGUGCUCAAGUUGGAUGAUGAUUAUUUCCUCGCCAAAUCAAAAAUGGUUGUUGAUGCCAUCACAAGCGGGUUGUAUGAGGGUCAAUGGAGUGAAGGUUGCGACGAGGAUGACUUGGGCGGCCAUUAUGUGAUGAGAAGAAGCACGCGCAUCCAAAAGCAAUUUUGA